UGCCAGGCCAACGCACAGAUCUAGACUAUCAUUAUUGUUGCAAAUCCCUUAUCAUGUCAAGGGCCAUCUCCAUCUGAGACAUGCUUUUUGCAGUCGGACUAGUUCGUUAGAUCCGGACUUGACCAGCCAACCGCCAUGCCCGUACAUCGAUUGAUUGUUAGUAAUGAUGUGAACAUUGAUGGAUCAUGUCAUUAAUAGUGUCACGAUAAUCCUGAUACGCCCAUCGAGUUUCUCGCAUCACAGAUAUAUGGACAUGAUUGAUGUGAAAGACACAGAUUAAAGAACUUUAGAGACGCUGUCUGAUGGUUCCCCAUUCUCCCCGUUCUCUCUACUAAUAAGUCGUUUUCUAGGCGCUACUUCUGGGCAUCAUUAUUUGUCAUUUGCACCUAAAGAUCGCCUGUUGGAGAUUCUCUUCCAGACAUCAAGGCUAAAUACUCAAGCCUCAGGCACCAAAUCCUACUCCCCACACACAAUUCAAUCCAACAUUUCGCAAGCAAGGGUUCAUACGUGGAUAAGAGUAUUUCAUUGAUCGAGUCCACGAGACAGACACCUUUCAAGUUCACUCUGUCUUCUCCCUUUCUUUUCAACCGAUUAACCUGGGCUGGAUUGGGUUAUCUAGCUGGCACGAGCGCCAAUCAACCUGGGCGAAACUCGAUUAAUAAACCAGUAAUAAUAACAACCUUGUCUCGACCUCGAAUGACACAACAGAUCUACAUUACCCAUCACCACUCCUAGACCCAGUCACGACCUACUACGAUAUAAUCCAGAAUAGCAAACAAUUCGUUCAGAUGAGAGUUCAACUAUAAUUCCAGCAUAGUCAACGCAACACCUCACCACCAGUAAACCCACAACAACAACAACGACGACUACUUACAACCUUAUCUCAGCACCCAACCAGACAAACCCCCUCGCAAAAAUGCCUAGCAAAAUCAACAUUGACCCUCCUCUUCUCAACGCGGCCUGCCCAUGGUCCACCACACUCGAGGACAUCAAAGCCUUGUACGACAGUCCCUAUACCGGGGCUGUGACCAUCCGCACCAGUCUACUCGAGGGAUUCAGCCACGAUGAUUCCAUCCACCAAUUCAUUUUCUUCGAACCCGGCAAGACAAUCCCACAAGGAACCCCCGUGGGAGAUGUAUCUGCCCGAGUGCCCACGACUACCACAUCGACAUCGAGUCCUGAAAACUCCAGUACUACCACCACACCAAUCUCGUCCGUCAACACGCUGGGAUACUCACCCUUGACUUUAUCCGAGUAUUUGGGCAUCAUCAAUGAAAUUGUCGGUCAGAGACAUCUAGGUACCGAUACUCCCACCAAGAAGCCUUUUAUUCUCAGUGUCACUGGCACUCCCGACGAGAUUGCCAUGGCGUAUGCAUUGGUGGCUAAUGCGGCUGAGAUGGACGAAGACCUGCGACUAAAUCUUGAAAUCAACCUAUCAUGCCCCAACAUCCACGGCGCCCCACCACCAGCCUACGACCCCGUGCAACUGACACAAUAUCUGGAAGCCAUCUCCGAUUCCAAAUCGACGUAUCGAGGCCGAAUGGCCUCCCCAGAUUCAGUUCCUCGCGUCGGUAUCAAGUUACCGCCAUAUACCUACACGACGCAAUUCACAGUCCUGGCGAAUUUAUUGGUGGCAGCUAAAUCGAGCGAACCAGGCGAGGGAUGUGUGGUCGAUUUCAUUACCGCCACAAACACCCUGGGCGGGAACUUGUUGCUCGAUAGUGAUAAUAAGCCCGUCCUGAAUAGUGAGGCCGGUAAUGGGAUUGGUGGUCUGGCUGGUGCUGCCUUGCAUCCUCUCGCAGUUGGCAAUGUCGCGCAGCUGCGCCGUGUCCUGGAGUUGCAUCCUGAUACUAGGGAUAUUGCCAUCAUUGGUGUCGGUGGUGUAAGCGACAAGGCUGCUGCCGAUCGCUUCAAGGCCGUGGGCGCACAUGCCGUUGGUGUUGCUACCGCUCUUGGGAGGUAUGGCCUCGAUGUCUUUGAGAAAAUCACAAAAGGCACCUAGACCUGCUCACUCACAAGUCACGCUGCCUCUCAAACCAAUCGGCCGAUCUCCCUGUCAUACGAAGCGAGUCAUGCAAUACACCUCUGCUCAAUCAAGGAAAUAGAACUUUUGAGCCAGUACUGCGCUAAAUGAGACUGGAUUAUAGCCCCGA